UUUUUUAAGAUUUUUGAGGAUUGGAAUAAAGGAGAACUCGAUUCUUUUCUGAUAGAAACUGCAACUAUUUUAUGUUAUCGUGAUGUAGAAGGAGAGCCAUUAAUGCCGAAAAUACUUGACACUGCUCAAAAGGCACGCCCAGGUAGUCGCGCGGCCAUAACAGCACAAAGCCAUAACUUGCUGGAAAAUUUCUGGCCUUUAUCAAUUUUGGUACCAAUCUCUUUAGCUCGAUGA